GCCAGGGGGCCAUCAAUCAUUGAUCACCUGAUUCAGGCCCCGUCGUACUCUCACGAGCCGCUUGGGCUCUGGCUGCCGCUGUCCCGCGAGCGGUUUGACACAUCACAUUUUGGUGACGCCCCGACCGCCACACGUAAAUUUGAUCUUCUGUUGGCUGCGGAGCACUAGCUUGCAGAAUGUUCCAGCCGACGCAAAAUGUGAGGGACGAGGUCAUGAAGUUCUUCUCCAGUCUGGGAACAGAUUUGAAGUCCCGCCCAGAGCUUCGUUGUUUCGUUGGCGCCUCCGGUGAUGAUUUCCACCUUCUCCUUGGAAUGACAAAGCGAAGCAUUCAGCAGAUAGCAGGGACGAUUGGCUUUAUUCCAGAGAGUUACAGCCGUAAGGCUGUGUUUGAAAAGCGUGGGAAGUCCGAUUACAUCACCCCGAUGUGCGGCCCUGAGCUGACAGGAUACGAUUUUAUCGAGAGUAUCAAAUUGUGGAUGACACAUACUAACAACAAAGAGUGGUCUGUUGCAGAAGUAUGGCUCUCCAGAAAAGACCCUGGUGUGGGAAUGGCCACCCUAUUCGUGUCUCACGUGCAGGCGCAGCCAUUAGAGGCUACAUUGAAAGCUGUACCCGACGAUGCCCACUUGUGGCUUGCACGGUGGCGGAUACCACACUUCGCCAAUGUCAAGACGACUUUAAUCCUUAUAGAGUGGCUGGCGUAAUCACGUAUUUAUCAAAUGCCCGCGAUGGCACGCGCGCAGUACUGGAUGAGCCCUCGCUGACCUACUUGAACAGGUCUUUUUGCAUAUUUGAGGUUGCUUGCACCGUGGGCAGUAAACUUUACAUCGAUAUGAGUGACGAUACCGCGCACAUGUUCUUAGAGGGCGCCUUCUCCGUUGACGCGAGUGCAGCCACAUCGACAAGCAAGAAGCACAAGUGCUGGUUGGAUGGUUACAUUUUUGGGCGGUGGGGGUCUUUCAUAACAUUCAAUGAGAGCGUUUCAGCAUCGUUCAAGUCGGCGGCCGUGGGCCGCCUGGUGGGCCUGCUGGCCGGCGGCGCCCCCGGCGCGCACGAGCAGGCGGCGCGCGCGCUGGCCAACCUGGCCGACCAGGACGCCGAGAACCAGCGCGCCAUCGGCCGGGCCCCGGGCGCCGUGGAGGGCCUGGUGGGCCUGCUGGCCAGCGGCGCCCCCGGCGCGCAGGCGGCGCGCGCGCUGGCCAGCCUGGCCGUCAAAGACGCCGAGAACAAGCGCGCCAUCGGCCGGGCCCCAGGCGCCGUGGAGGGCCUGGUGGGCCUGCUGGCCGGCGGCGCCCCCGGCGCGCAGGAGCAGGCGGCGCGCGCGCUGGCCAACCUGGCCGUCAAAGACGCCGAGAACCAGCGCGCCAUCGGCCGGGCCCUGGGCGCCGUGGAGGGCCUGGUGGGCCUGCUGGCCGGCGGCGCCCCCGGCGCGCAGGAGCAGGCGGCGCUCGCGCUGGCCAACCUGGCCGUCAAAGACGCCGAGAACCGGCGCGCCAUCGGCCGGGCCCCGGGCGCCGUGGAGGGCCUGGUGGGCCUGCUGGCCGGCGGCGCCCCCGGCGCGCAGGAGCAGGCGGCGCUCGCGCUGGCCAACCUGGCCAAAGACGCCGAGAACAAGCGCGCCAUCAUGGCGGCCGGCGCCGGGCACCACGCGUGGAGAUCGGGUGUCCUGCAGCGCGAGCUGGGCAGUGAGAGGUGCGCGCUGCAGUAGGCGCCGCCGCCCCGGCCGUCGGCGCAGAGCAUCCGCGCGUGGCCGCGCCGCCGGGCGGCGGCAGCGUCUUGAUUUCUCAGGCGGGAGGCCGCGCCCCGCCCCGGGCGGGAGGCCGCCGCGGAGAGGGAGGGCCGCGGCCGAGACGCGCUGCCCGCGGGCCGCGCGGCGACCGCCCGCGGAGGCCACCUGAGGGCGUGAGGGCAGCUGCACCCCGCAGGGCGCACACAGACCUUUUCCUCCUCCUCCUCCUCCUCCCCCUCCUCCUCCUCCUCCUCCUCC